CUAUAUAUUGUUAGGAAAUCUUAAACGGAGCCUUCUCAUCGUCUUCAUGGCAAUGUUCUUCUUUUCUUCUUCGUCUUACUCCAGCUUCUCCUCUGGCGAUCACAACUUUGCCUUUGCAGAUCACCCUCACAGUUAAAACUGAAAACGUUUAAGAAACUGAAGUAAAUUUGGCAGCCCCAUCCCCCUCUGUUCCUUCCCCCAAUCCCCACCCCCCACUUUCGCACCCUAGCCAUCGCCCUCACUCCAAACCGCGGUGGAUCCCUUGCCGCCGCUACUCCCCACAAACCCACCCCUGACGCAACAGAGGUGAUGAAUUGCGGAAAACCAACAAAAAGUUCUCUAUUAUCCUUUAUGGGUUCAUCCAACCCAACGUCGGACGAUUGAUUUCUAAGCAGCUGGACAAGGUGGGGCGACAUUAGAGCUCCACAGUGGAGACAGUUGCAGACGGAUUGAGCAACGAAUGGUUAAAUGCAUUCUAAAAAAGAACGGUUAAGAUUAGUCUAGAAGUAGAUUAACGGUUGAGAUUAAUUGUGGUGUACUCAUCCCUGAAAGAAAUAGAAGGGUUAGUGGUAAAAUGGUCAAUGGAAGAAAAACACUUCAACUGAAAGAAAGAGAGAGCCGUUGCCAUUACAGAACACACCUCUUACUCACCAUCACUCAGGCCUCAAGAGUCCAGCCGGAGAAGACGACAAGCAGUGGGAGUCCUCCUCUCUCAGCAUCAUGGAAGAAGAAGAAAACCCCAAUACAAGCACCUCUCUUUCAGAUCCCUCUACAACAGAUGUACUUGUUAAUGAUCCGACUUCAUCUCCAGCCACUAAUCUUCCUCUUGUGCCACCUCCAGUCCCCACUGUUCCUCCUGUUGUUGUUGCAACACCAGCACCGCUUCCCCAACCUAUAAUUACACCAACAAUGCCACCACCAAUUAUGCCACCUAUAGCUCCAAUAUCCUCAAUACCUCCUCCCCCAGUUCCCCGCCCUUUGGCACCACUUCCCAUUCGUCCACCAGUCAUCCGUCCCCUUGUCCCACAAAACACUGAAGCAAAUGGCUCUGAUUCGGAUUCAGACCAUGAUACUGCUCAUGGUUCAUCUGCGGAUUAUGAGAUAUCAGAAGAGAGUAAACAGGUCCGAGAGAGGCAGGAAAAAGCAAUGCAGGAACUUCUGAUGAAGCGACGUGCUUAUGCUCUUGCUGUGCCCACUAAUGACUCAGCUGUCCGUGCUCGUCUCCGUCGGCUUGGUGAGCCAAUUACAUUUUUUGGAGAAAGGGAAAUGGAAAGGAGGGAGAGGUUACGGAUGAUUAUGGUGAAGCUUGAAACUGAAGGACAGUUGGAGAAGUUGUUAAAGGCUCAUGAGGAUGAGGAGGCUGCUACUGCUGCAGCGGUGGGUGAGGGUGAUGCAGAAGGGCCUCAAGAGUACCCAUUUUUUACUGAAGGGUCAAGGGAACUUUUAGAGUCUCGAGUUUAUAUUGCUAAGUAUUCGAUUGUGAAGGCUGCCUUGCGGCUUGAACGUGAGAGGAGGAGAAGGAAUGAUCCAGAUGAAGAUCUUGAUGCAGAGAUGGAUUCAGCUCUGAAACAGGCAGGUACCUUGGUCCUUGACUGCAGCGAAAUUGGUGAUGAUCGACCACUCUCGGGGUGUUCCUUUUCUCGAGAUGGGAAGCUACUUGCCACCAGUGCUUUGAGUGGAGUUGCUAAAUUGUGGGGCAUGCCUCAAGUAAAUAAGGUCACUGCUUUAAAGGGUCACACAGAGCGUGCAACCGACGUUGCAUUUUCUCCUGUCCAAAACAUUAUAGCAACUGCUUCUGCUGAUCGGACUGCUAGGUUAUGGGACACUGAAGGUUCUGUUCUUAGGAAAUUUGAGGGCCAUCUGGAUCGUCUUGCCCGUCUCGCAUUCCAUCCAUCCGGGAAGUACUUAGGAACAGCUAGCUUUGAUAAGACUUGGAGGUUGUGGGAUGUUGACUCUGGUGUUGAGUUGCUUCUUCAAGAAGGUCAUAGCAGGAGCGUUUACGGGAUAUGUUUCCACCAUGAUGGAUCUUUAGUGGCAUCGUGUGGAUUAGAUGCACUUGUUCGAGUAUGGGACCUCCGUACUGGAAGAAGCAUUCUUGCUUUUGAAGGCCAUGUUAAGCCGGUCUUAGGAAUCAGCUUUUCUCCCAAUGGGUAUCAUUUAGCCUCUGGUGGUGAGGAUAAUACCUGCCGAAUCUGGGAUUUGAGAAAGAAGAAAUCCUUGUACAUAAUACCAGCUCACUCAAACCUUAUCUCACAAGUAAAAUUUGAGCCCCAGGAAGGAUAUUUUCUGGCAACUGCUUCAUAUGAUAUGACAGCUAAGGUGUGGUCAGCUCGAGACUUCAAACCUGUCAAGACAUUAUCUGGACAUGAAUCAAAAGUCACAUCAUUAGAUAUAGUGGGAGAAGGACAUCUUGUGACGGUGGCGCAUGAUCGAACUAUCAAGCUAUGGUCAAGCAGAAAUGAGAAGGAAAAUGAUAUGGAUGUUGAUUAAGUGUAACCACUCUGUUUCCUCUUGCCAUUUCAAGGAAAUUAAUGUUGGCUUCUGAUGCCCUUUUGGUUUAACAUCCUAAUAUAAUCUGGAUUUUGCUUAAAAUAGGGGAAGGGGGUGGGAAGGGAAAGCAUCUUCAGGAAUCCUGAGUUUGUGAUGUUGAUUGAAAAUUGUCUUCUGGAUUCCAUGUUUUAAAAAGCUUUUGAGGUUCAUACUUGGGAUUCUUGACACGAGGCUGUGUCCUGAAGGUUUACUAACUUGGGUUUAUUAACUUGAAGCUGAGGUCCCUUAAAUUUUGUUCA